AAUAUUUUGCGAAAUCGGCAUAACCAAAAAAAUAGCUAUAAAAAUUUACAAUUCUCGGACAAAGUAUUAAAUAAAUAAGAUAAGAUGUCUUUAUUCAUGAUACGAUCCUUACGUAAAAAUAUACAAUUAUGUUCAAGAGUUCUUAUAAAUCAAGAACGUCAAUUUACUUAUACCAAAAGUGUAAAACAAAGAAAAAAAGAUCCAGUGAUUGUGGCUUUAGAAAAAUUUAAAAAUUUGAUUGGUGCAUCUAAUAAAUCACCGUUCACAUGGAGGAGCUUCUUUAUAGGUGGUUCCAUUGGCGGUCUUUUUUUACUUUAUAUAUUCUAUUUGCAAGCUGAAAAAGAUCUGAAGCUUGAUAAAGAGCGUAGACGAGCACUUGGAAAGGCUGCUAUUGGUGGAAAAUUUGAAUUAGUCAAUUCCAAAGGAGAGAUAGUGUCAUCAAAUGAUUUUUUGGGCCAAUGGGUGUUAAUAUACUUUGGAUUCACACAUUGUCCAGAUAUUUGCCCUGAUGAAAUAGAAAAGAUGGUUUCUAUUGUUGAUAAUUUAGAGAAGCAGCAUAAUUUUAAAAUUCAACCAAUAUUUAUAUCAGUUGAUCCUGAAAGAGAUACACCUGAAGUAGUUGGGAAAUAUUGUAAAGAAUUUUCAGAUAAAAUUAUAGGAUUAACUGGCACCCCAGAACAAGUUGCUAAAGCUUGUAAAGCAUAUAGAGUAUACUUUAGUAAUGGACCGAAAAGCAGUGAUAAUGACUAUAUCGUUGAUCAUACUAUCAUAAUGUACUUAAUCGAUCCAGAGGGAUACUUUGUAGAUUAUUAUGGUCAAUCGAAUACUGCUGAACAAGUGAUGGGAAGUGUUAUUCUUCAUGAAGCAAAACUAAAUAAAUUGAAAAAUGGUCCAUCAUGGAUACCAUCUUUUAUCAAUACAAAAGGUGAAAGUAGUUUUACUUAAUUAUUUUACAUAUAUAACUUAUUGUACUCAUUUGUUAAUAACAAAUAUAAUUGUAAUACUGAUAAA